CCUAACCACGAAAUAGUAUUGCUUUGAAAUAUUCUGACGUCUAUCCAGAACAUACAUGUGUUUUUGAAAAUAGGUGAUUGAACAGCAAGAAAUGGCAUUUGUUAUUAAAUUUGCUAAAGGAGUCCGAAACCACUGGAAAAAGUCAACCUUUGCAGCAUGCCUCCUAGCCUACGGCGCCAAGCGCCUUAAAAACAAAUAUGAAAUUGAUGGAAUCAUGAAAGUGUACUGUGAAGAAGCCCUCACUUAUGGCAAAGUGGCUAUCACAGGCAACACACUACCAAGAAAAAUCACUGUCAUACUAAACCCAGCUGCCAAUAAAAGAAGUUCCCUGGAAGAUUAUGAAAAAUAUUGCUCACCCAUACUGAAUCUGGCUGGAAUUUGUGUAGAUGUAGUGCACACAGAGAGUGAAGGCCAUGCCAAGAAGCUGGUGCAGGAGCUGAAAAACACUGAUGCACUGAUUGUGGCAGGUGGUGAUGGAACACUGAGUGAAGUUGUCACUGGUUUAAUUCGAAGAACAGGAGAGAAUAACAGUAAACUAAUUCCCAUUGGAGUGUUACCACUGGGCAAAUCAAACACAGUAGGUUCAGCACUCUUUCCAGGUGGUGAGCAUCUAGGAAAUGUCAAAUCUAUGGCAGAAGCAUCUAUGGCUAUUGUUAGAGAAGCCACCAAACCAAUGGAUGUCAUGAAGAUUGAGAUUAUUAAUGAACCAGAUGCUGAUACUAUACAGGAUGGAGAGAAAGGUGAUGAAGUGCAGGAAAAGAAAGCAGUGUACGCUCUUGCCGGAAUAGAAUGGGGUGCAUAUCGCGAUGCUAGUGCUAAAAAAGAUAAAUAUUGGUAUUAUGGACCAUUAAAAAAAUAUGCCACUUACAUUUUCAAUGGGUACAAAGACUCAUUAAACUGGAAAUGUGAAGCACUUGUAAAUUACUCUGAACCUUGCGAGGGUUGCAGUAAUUGUGUCACACAUAUAGAAGAAAAAAAUACCAAAUGGUACAACAGAUUUGUUCGUUCUACUGCGAAAAAAGAGGACAGAUCGCGAAUUAUCAACGAAAACUGCCAAAAAUACGAACAGAAACAAAUAUCCACCGCGGAUUUCGCAUGUCUCACGUCCAAUAUAUUCGCUGGGACUGCAAACAAUUCACCACCAAAGUUGCAUUUAAAUUUGGGACCACAAGACGUUGAUUACUUCAACUUCUUAACUGAAGGUUUCCGAAGCGAAACAGGCCAGAGGCGGCAAAUUGUCGAGACUAUCGAGGCUCGUCAGAUUGAAUUGCGUCCAAAUCUGGAAAAAAUGGACACGCAAAACGCCUGGUUCUCCAUUGAUAAAGAUGACUUUGAAGUAAAGCCGGUGAAAAUUACGCUGCUGCCUAAAGUUAUCACUAUGUUUUGUAGUAGUAGUCAAACAGAAAUCACGAAUCUCACUAGUCCGUGAUUUGUUCAAAUAUAGCAGUACAAACCUAUUAAAAUUGUUAAAAUUUAAUUUUUAAAUAAUAAUAUAUAUGACGAUCAAUAUUCACAGCAGAAUGAAAGUUUGCAAAAUGUUUGCAAAUAAAUAACUUAAACAUUAAAAAA